AUGCGAUUUGGCAGCAGCUUGCAUCUGCGGCGGGUCCCAGCCUGGACUGAGUCUUACGUCGACUACAACCGCCUCAAGGCCCUCGUCGACGCUGAGGGGCUUCUUCCAGAACUCGGAGAAGCUAUCCGUUUUGAACUACGCAUUGUGGACAGAUUCCUAGUGUUGUAUAAUAAACAGAUCGAAACACAGUUCCUGGCCCUUCAGCAGCGGUGGGGGAUUCGGAUUGGCCAUCGCGUGCUCCAUGACUGCCAGGGCGUCUCAUGCACCGAGCUGCAGGACAUAAAGGUCUCGCUCUUGGAGAUUGCGGAUCACAUCGCCAAAUCAGAGUCUUACUUCAGGGUCAACCAGGACGCAGUGUCGCGUAUUCUCGACAAGGCUGCAAUCAAGUACACUAACGCCGAGGUGACGGAUAUCGACGCCAACUUCAAACACCCACGGAAAGGCCGCUCAGCUCUUCUCGAAGUCAAUGUGACCUUACAGCACGUCCAAGAAGCUUUGCAGAAGACUGCAGAAGCAAAUGGCGAGUCCCCUUCCCGAUCGCUGCUACUGGAGCAGCAGUCUGGGCUUGAUCGAUUUCCGCAUCGCUUCCUCCCCGACAUCCUCCGCUGUUUACAUAACGACGAUGCAGAAAAACUUGAGCAGGCCUUAAGUCAACAUUUCCCAGACUCCUCGGAAGUGCGGCAGCCAGCUCUCGUAUGUUUAGUUCAAGUUGCUAUCGUCUACGGAUCCUCCAGCUGCCAGAUGAAGCUUCUGAAAAGCCUGCGGUCCAACUCAGUCAAACAACAUUCCCUCGCGCCACCGGACUACCUCCAACGGAUUAUCCAGCGUCUUAGUCGGGCUGAUCCGCCGCUUGACAGUUCCUCCGCCAUGACUAGCUUUGGCCAGAUACUGAAGCUGCUGCACCCAACUCAACUUGAUCUGUUGCACAACCGAGACGGAAUGGGGCGUUUCCCUCUUCACUACGCUGCACUCUCUGGCUUCGACGGAGUAUGCCGCGAGAUAAUAUCCACUAUGCAGGGCUCGGCCAGCGUUAUUCAGAUGAGCAAGCUUUGCCUGAGUCCUGACAAGUUCAACUUGACACCGUUAGACUAUGCCGUUCAAAGAGGCUAUGCGGCUGUGGUGGCGCUCCUCCUGGAAGUCUGCGAGACUCCCGAUUGCCUCGGGAACCCGCAGUCGACUGGCAUGACGGACCUUCUCAACACAGCCAUAGCUUCCAGAUCUCUAGACGUCGCCCGUUUGCUGAUCCAGAAAGGAUGGGGUGUGCGAUUUGUGGGCAAGUUCGGCAACACCGUAUUGCAUACCGUAGCGGAGCAGGGACUUGCAGAUUUGGUUAGGGACAUUGUUGCUCUAGGAGUCGACGUCGAUGCCCGGGAAAGAGUCAGGGGAUGGACAGCUAUCACCAUUGCUAGUGUGCAAGGACACCAUGCCGUCGUCGAGGCGCUGAUCCAGUCUGGCGCCAGAGCUGAGAUCCCUGAUUAUCGGCGGUGGUUGGCUAAGGACCAUGCGGCGUACCGCGGACAUAUGAAAGUGGUUGAAGCCAUCAAGUCUAAUGGGUCGUCCAAGCUAUAUUCAAAGUCUCAUCAACGCCUAGGUGCAGUCAAUAUCCUCCCAGAGCGGUCCGCGUCAGAGUCGGUCAUCUUCAUCCAUCUCGGCACGCUCGACCUGUGGAAAGGGACUACCCCCUCGGUUGAUAUUGCACCGUAUAAGAGGCGCACCUCGCCGCUUCAGGUUCACGACACGAGCCUAGAGCUCUCCAUCUCUCUAGCAGGGAGCGACCAGAAGAAGACUGUCCUCCUCCCAUACCUAUUGGAAAACUCAGACCGGCCUUGGUGCUUCACAACUAACGAGCCGCACAAUGCGGCAGUCGUGUUGAAAGUCAGCAACUUGGCCGACAAGACUUCCAUCGGUACAGGAGUCGCGCUGGUUGGCAGCUUGACAGCGUCCUUGGGCAGCAAGAGGGACACGCUGAUUCGUGAUUACAAUGUCCCGCUCGUCAGUGAUAAGUUUGGCCAUGUCGGCAGCGUCGUCAUUACAGUUGUCAUAGCUCGUCCUUAUAACGGUGCUUACUCGCCUCCCCGAACAUCUCAAAUAUUGGCCCUCGAAAAGUCAUCACGUCUCGGCGGUCAUCGCGCAGGCAACGGUCAAAAUGCUAGGUCUGGUUCCUUGCAAAUCGGAGAGAACACGAUCAAAUCAUUCCUCACGGCCAAGGAGCUGGGAGCCGACGUCGUGGAGCUGGAUGUCCAACUCACCAAGGACAAUGUCCCGGUCAUCUACCACGACUUUCUUGUAGCAGAGAAGGGGUCUGAUGCACCGGUGCAUACUCUGACCUAUAAGCAGUUUAUGGCUAUCAGUGAUGCUCAAACAUCCUCGACCUGGCAUGAGGAACCCAGGAAAAGGUUGCCAUGGGACGAGCGCAAGCGUCCCCUAGCCCUGCGAAACACUCGUCGCAUGUCGCUUUGUGCCCCCUUGGACAGCGCCACGGAUGCCCUUACUGACCAUAUGAAGAACACACUGAAUUACCCGGGAUACAAACCCAAUCUAAGGCAUCAUAGUAUCCAUGAACCAUUCAUCACGCUCGAGGAGCUAUUCUGCGGACUGCCAGAGGACAUUCCGUUGGACAUUAAGCUCAAUGAAAAAGUUACUGAAAUGUAUCCAGAAUAUCCCAUGCUCUACGAGGCUGCCGACUUCCAAAUGGACAACUACGCGACUGAGAUCAACGUCUUCCUUGAUACUAUUCUCUCCGUAACAUACGCCCGUGCUGGUAAUCGCCGAAUCAUAUUUACCUCAUUCAGCCCUGAAAUCUGCAUGGUCCUUGCUGUCAAGCAGCAAGUCUACCCCAUACUCUUCCUCAACGACUCGUCGAACUGGCCCACCGGCGAUAUGAGAGCGACGUCCUUGCAGACAGCGAUGCGCCUGGCGCACAGGUUCGGGCUACAUGGCGUCGCCAUGUCAUCAGAGCCUUUUGUUCACAGCCCCGGAACUGUAGGGCUAGCUAGAGGUCAGGGGCUCUACACGGCAUCAUACGGACCGCUAAACGACGAAGGAGCCAGCGUUGAGAUUCAAACGAAAGCUGGUGUUGAUCUGAUCAUUGUCAACAAGGUCAAACUGAUGAGGCAGUUUGUUGAUGGAGCUAAGCCCUAG